UUUUCUCCCUUCGGCCAAAAAAUCACGGAGGGAGAGUCAAGAUUUAUCUGUCACAAUUACAGCCUUGAUCAUUGGUUAUAAUCAACGAACCGUACCUAUCUAUCUACCUUCAAUGUACAAACACUGUACCAUCUUUCUAUGGUUGAUGCCAUUCGAGUAGGAGAAAACCGGUUACUGGUUGAUUUUAUUUAUGAAUGCGGUCAACAGACGAUAUAAAUGAAUGUGAAAGUAUCAACUAUCAAUUUUGUUCAGUCACUAACGUGCGUUAUGACAGACGAUGUCGGUUCGGCUGUGUUUUCACUCGUGUUCGUAACGUAAUACAAUAAUGUUUACCAAAUUACGUAGUGCACAUCGAUAAUGUGCAAUUUAAUUUAAAUUUCCCUAUUACAAUUUUAUUGAACAAUACAUUUUUCUUUUAAGUGCAGAACGUUUGAAUAUAGUGCUACAUAUUAUUGACGGUAACUAAUACAAUAUAAUAUUUAUAUGAAUUUAUUAUUAUUCAUUAAUUCACCCAGGUAAUUUUUUAUUGUAUUAUAAAGUUGAAUUUUGACUCUUGGGGUAAAAAAAAUGUCUAAGUAUCGGAAAAUGCCAAAUACAAAUAUUUUUCAUGCCUUCCGUCUUACCAAUGUUGAAUUUUAGAUUUUCCCAUCUCCCGCAGAGAUAUAUUAGGUUUAAAAAUGUGCGUUUACGGUCUUGGACAAAUUUUUACCUCUAAAGAAAGUCUGCCUUUUGGCUUCUUGUCUAUAAAAAAAGUCGAAGUAUUGAAAACUCAUAUCAAAUUUUCCAUUCCCCUUCCUUAUCUUAUCAAUGUACUGCAGUUAGAAUUAACAUUCCAAUUUCCCUAAAAAAUAUUCGAGAUUCUAAUACUUUUAUUGGUUAUCUACCCAAAAGCCAUGUCGUUAAAGAGCUAAACAAUUAAAAUAUCUAAAUGUUGGUUGUUUGGAAUUUAUUAGGGCACUAUGCUAAUACAAAACCACUAUAGCAUUUUUCGACAAUAUUCAGCGAUUAAUCAUUGAUAACAAAAACCUAUUCUGAGCGGAACUCGGUCAAUAGUAGUACUUUUUUAACAAAAUGUGCGAUUUCACAACAACAAUCUUUUAAAAAAAGAUUAAAAAAUUUUAAAACAUAAAAUUUAACAAUAACAAAAAAUAAAUAAAAACUAAUGCCAAUGAAAACCUUAUUUUAAACCAAAAACCCCAAUUUUUUCCUUUGUUAAUAAUAGUUAUAACUAUAUUAAUGAGAAUUUCAAAAAAUGUCCUUUCCAAAGUACCAAUUAGAAUCAUCUUAAUGCAAUAAAAAAGGUCUCUUGUCAUGUUUUGGUUGGAGAAAAAUAUCUAGGAGAAAUAUUGUACACAGUAUAAAGAAAAAAAUCAAAAAUGGGAGAGGGAUUUAAGUCUUCUCUAAUGGCUCUAAUUUAUUAAAAAUAAUUUUGCAAAAUUUUGCAUACUCAUUCAAUUGUGUUUAAGCGUUGACAUUUUACUUUACAAAAAAACAAUGGACCAGCAUUUAAAAAUAAUUGAUUUCAAUACACCUAAUAAAAUUAAUACUUUUUGAAAUUUAAAUCUUAAUAUCUAUUACAUAAAUCUUGAUGCCUAUUUUAUAUUUUUUUUUUUGUGUUUAUGGAUGUAUUGCAUUGUAAUUAUAUUUGAAAGAAUAUGAUUUAAUAAGAUAUAAUUCACAAAUUUUAAAUUGUUUAAUUAAUAAUUAAUGAAUAUAACUACUGAAUUAUUAUAGAAAGAUAUGUUGUCUUUAAUACCAAAUUACAGUGGAAGUAAUUAUCGAGCCAUCAUAGAUAAUUGUCCUAUUAAUCGAUGGCCUCAAGAUGAAAUCAACAUAUUGGAUGGAAACUGUUCAUUCUGUGUUGACGUAAUACUAUAGGUAGUUAUUAGAUCUAUAUAGGUAAAUAAUAUAAAAAUAUUUCGUUUAGUACCUAGGAUGUGUUGAAGUGUCUGAACCCACAAAUUCACAAAUAUGCUGUGAAUCAUUUGCAAAACUUUACCGAGAAUUUGAAACAGGAAUUUGUCAUGCCAAUCCUUCUGUGUUAUGGAUAACAGGAUACGAGUUAAGAGUUGUGGAAAAAAAGUCAAAGGUAGAUAAGAAAUAGUAAAGUAAUAGUAGUAGAUACUAAUGGAGAAGUGUAAUUGUAUAACUAAUGUAAAUAUUACUUGGUUAGUAUAUUUUAAAAAAUUAUUUGUUGGGAUAAACUUUUGUUUACUAAAAUUUGAUUAAUUAUUUGGUAUAAAGCCGGUUAAAUUGUGAGAGAGUGUUAAACUAUAUUUGUUUCCUUAAUAAAUUUAAUUAAAAUAUAAUAUAUAUUUUUUAGAAUUUAGUUUUGGCUCAAAUUAUGGAGAAUGUAUUGUUUUGUGCAACAACCACACAUAAUUCGGAUCAGUUAUUCUAUACUUGCAGAGAUACUUAUAAUGACCGAUGGCUGUGUUAUUUGUUUGUUGUUAAAAGAAAUAUGGUAUGAAAUUUUUCCAUUUUUCAUUAAAUAUAAUAUAUGUAUUAAUCGGUCUAUCAGAUAAAAUAAUUAAUUAAUUUUAUUUUUGAUUAGAGUGAUCGACUCUGCAAAGCGAUUGGUUUUGCUUUCCGGAUGUGUGAAAGAAGAAAAAUUAUACGAGAAGGACUAGAAACAAAUAUGACUACAAAAAAUAACAGAUCUACAGGAUAAUAAAUAAUACAAAAA